AUGGCUAUACUGCCCGGGAUAUUAUCAUUAACCAGUGGCUAUCGCCCUUGGCCCUAUCGUCGUUUACCAGCUGAUGUCUUGAACAUUGGUAGACAAGAUAGCCGGUGUUAUUCAACAAGGCGAAGCCAUAGUAGUAGUAGUUUGUGUUUUUUUGGUUUAUUUGGUGCAAUUGGAAAAACAUCAUUAUUGAUUAGUUAUGCAUCUGGAGGUUUUCCAAGAGACUAUCAUGCCCAUCAAAUGUAUCAAGGAAAAGCAUUUAAUUUAGGACUUUGGGAUACUGCUGGACAAGAGGAUUUUGAUAGACUUAGACCAUUGGGAUACUCAAAUACAGAUGUAUAUUUAAUAUGUUUUUCAGUGGUGAAUCCACCAUCUUACAGUAAUGUAUGUGAUAAAUGGUUGCAAGAGAUCAACCAUUACAACACCACCAAAACACCAAUUGUAUUGGUGGGAACACAAAUUGAUUUGAGAUCGGAUCAACAGACACUCGACGUCUUGGCACAGAAACAACAACAACCAAUCACCUACGAGGAAGGACUAAUGAUGAAAAAGAAAAUAGGAGCUGCUUCAUUUGCUGAAUGUAGCGUUCAAACAAUGAAAGGCGUCAAACAAGUAUUUGAAGAAGCCAUACGCGUAUACAUUGAUUCACAAAUGGAAAAGAAUGGUAGUAGUAGAAAAAAGAAAAAAAGAUCCUCUACUUCUAAAAAUAAUCAACUACAACAUAUUUCAUCAUCUUCAUCAUCAUCAUCAUCACAAAAUCAUUCUGUAAAUACUGCUUCAUCAAAAACUACUAUAACUUCAAUUUCUUCUUCUUCCAAUUCAAACUCAUCAAGUUCCCACCAUACAUCUCCUUCUAAUUGUAUUUUGUUAUAA